GCUACUCAUUGACUUAUCUGGGUGCAAGUAUAUUUCAUUUUUAUUACUUACUGAAAAUGAAAAACAUCAUUUGUAUCUUAUUUGUUAUAACAACCAUCAGCUAUAGUAAAGGUCAAUGGGACACACACUGGGAUACUAACAAAAAUACAAUUGUACAUCUUUUCGAAUGGAAGUGGGACGAUAUUGCUGAUGAAUGUGAAAGAUUUUUGGCACCUAAGGGAUACGCUGGAGUUCAGGUGUCACCUGCGACUGAAAAUGUGGUAGCAAAUAACCGCCCCUGGUGGGAAAGAUAUCAACCCAUCAGUUAUAAAUUAAUUACCAGAUCAGGAAAUGAAGAACAAUUUAUUAACAUGGUAAAGAGGUGUAACAACGUUGGUGUAAGGAUUUAUGUUGAUGUACUUUUCAAUGACAUGAGUGCGAACCAUGAUAACGUUGUUGGAACGGGUGGCAGUACGGCAACACCUAACAGUAAAUCAUAUCCCGCUGUGCCUUAUUCAUCGGAGCAUUUUCAUUCAACUUGCGAAGUUAACAAUUACAAUGAUGCAUACAAUGUCAGAAACUGUGAGCUUGUUGGAUUAAAAGAUUUAGACCAGUCAAACAGCUACGUUAGAGAGAAAAUGGUGGAAUUCUUGAAUAAACUCAUCAGCUAUGGAGUUGCUGGCUUUCGGUUUGAUGCGGCCAAACACAUGACGCCUUCCGAUUUAAAAGUUAUUUAUCAAUCCACAAAUAACCUCGACACUUCUCAUGGAUUCGCAGAAAAUUUGAGGCCCUUUAUAUAUCAAGAAGUAAUCGAUUUAGGAGGCGAAGCAGUUAAGUCUACCGAAUAUACAGACUUGGGAACUGUAACAGAGUUUAAAUACAGUGCCGAAAUAGGACGCGUAUUUCGGGGUAAAGAUAAACUAACUUAUUUAAAGAAUUGGGGAGAAGAAUGGGGACUUGUUCCCGGACUAAAUGCUUUCGUUUUCGUCGAUAAUCACGAUAACCAAAGAGGCCAUGGUGCCGGCGGUGAAAAUAUUUUAACGUACAAAACUGCAAAACAGUACAAAAUGGCAAUUGCCUUCAUGUUGGCACAUCCUUAUGGAGUCACCAGAGUCAUGUCUAGUUUCUACUUUGACGACAGUGAUCAAGGGCCUCCUCAAGACGGAAACGGAAACAUAGUAUCUCCAUCGAUCAAGGAUGAUGACACUUGUGGAAAUGGCUGGGUUUGUGAGCACAGAUGGCGUCAAAUCUACAACAUGGUAGGAUUCAAGAAUGCCACAUUAGGUACAACUAUCAAAGAAUGGUGGUCCGAUGGUAACCAACAAAUUUCAUUCUGUCGUGGAAAUGCUGGAUUCGUGGCUUUCACUAACGAAGGUGAUUUACGACGAAACUUACAGACAUGUCUCCCAUCUGGAGUUUACUGUGACGUUAUCAGUGGAAAAUUGCAAAACGGAGCUUGCACUGGGAAAGCUGUGACUGUGGGAAGCGAUGGUACAGGUUAUAUCGAACUUCUCAGUUCAGAAGAUGACGGAGUACUUGCCAUUCACAUUAACGCAAAACAAUCAUAAACUUCUUAAUUUGUAUUUAAACGUUUUUACAAAUUCGAUUUCAUUGUAACCAUGUAGAAAAUAAAAUGAUUCAAAUGCA